AUGUCUUCUACCACCUCGUCCUCCUCCACUUCUGAUGACACAGAGACUUUCUCCACAGCCAGAGUGACCAAGGCGGCAGUCACUUUUCCAAGCCUCCAGAGCCCAGAUCGAGCCACUGGGGGACCACAAAAUCGUUCUGUGGCCAUGGAUCCAGGUUCCAGAGGUCUUUUCCAAGCCUCUGGAGCCCAGAUCAGGCCGUGGGGGGCUGUGGACACGUCCCCUGGCCUCAGAUCAGAGCAGCAGCAAGAACCAUGGCAGAGAGGAGACAGACCUUUUCCAGCCUUGGUCUUAGUGCUUUUGCCUGAAAUGAUGAACAUGAUUCCCAGUGCUAAAUGUAGGACUAAUGAUCCUUUGCCUUUUGUUCACAAGCAAUAUCAGUCAGGAGACUUCAUUGUUGUGGACAUUCUCUCUCAGAUCUACAUCUUCUAUACUAUGAUAGAUUUCAGAAAACAUCCUUCUAAGGAACUCUUUGUAGACAUUGUAGUCAUGACUCCAAUGUAUCAACACAUCCUAGCUUUAGAAUUUGCCAUCAUGGAAAUCAAUAGAGAUCCCUCUAUUUUACCAAACUAUACCUUGGGCUUCCACAUUUAUAAUACCUAUUUUGAUCCAAGUUGGACAUACCGUGCCUCAUUGGAACUCUUCUUCACAAAGGGCCAAUUCAUAGCUAACUACAACUGUGAUGCUCAAAACAGACCAAUAGCAGUCAUUGGAGGACCUUCAUCAGACAUUUAUCUAAACAUAGCUAACAUCCUUUCCUUGUUUAAGAUGCCACAGGUAAUAUAUGGUUCUGCUCCUGAAAUUCGCACAAAAGAACAAGCUGCUUUUUAUCAACAGAUGUUACCAAAUAUGGAUGCUCAGUACAAGGGCAUUUCUAAAUUGCUGCUAUAUUUCACAUGGACAUGGGUUGGGAUGUUGUUAGUAGAUAAUGAUAGUGGUGAAAUGUUUCGACAUACAUUUGUUCCCAUGGCUACCCAGAGUGGUAUUUGUUUUGAUUUCAUUGAAAGAUUUCCAAAAACUGUUUAUACAAAUAGUAUUAUAGAGCUGAUAGAGACAGGACUAAAGAUGUACCAAGUGAUUAUGAGAAGUAAUGCCACUGCAGUGGUAGUUCAUGGUGAAUUUGGGAACAUGGUAACUCUAAGAUUUCUUUCCACUAGUUUGAAAUAUAAUGAUUUUCCACUAUGGACAAAAGGUAAAGUCUGGAUCAUGACACUCCAGAUGGGUUUCACAUCACUCCCCUUUCAAAGAUAUAGUGACCUGGUUUUCCUGCAUGGUGCAUUAUCAUUUGUAAUUCACUCAGAGAAGGUGUUGGGAUUCCAUCAAUUUGUUCAAUCAAGAAACCCUAUCUUAGAAAAGGAACAGAGUUUUAUCAAGAUCUUCUGGGAAAAUGCAUUUGAAUGUUCCUUCUCCACCUCUGUGGUAGAAGAGGAAGAUGGGACCAUUUGUACUGGAGAGGAGAAACUAGAGGAUCUCCCUACAUCUGUGUUUGAAAUGGACAUGACUGGCCACAGCUACAGUGUCUACAAUGCCAUCUACAUGGUUGCCCAUGCUUUGCAUGACUUCCAUUCAUCUAAAAUGAAAUGCAAAGCAGGAAAUCUUGAAACCAAGGGGAAAGCUUUUAAUCAAGAUCUGUGGAAGACAAAGCCAUUUUCUCUGUGUAAUGGAAAGUGCCACUCAGGCUACAGUAAGAUCAAGAUAGAAGGAAAACUAUUUUGCUGCUAUGACUGUCUUCACUGUCCAGAAGGGAAGAUUUCUAACAGGGAGGACAUGGAUGAAUGCUUUCAGUGUCCAGAAGAUCAGUAUCCCAAUGAAAAGAACAAUUUCUGUCUCCCCAAAGUUAUAACAUUCUUGAAGUACAAAGAAACUUUGGGUGCUAUUUUGGCCACUUCUGCUCUUUUCUUUUCUUUGGUCACAGUUGGAGUCCUUUGGAUCUUUAUUAAGCAUCAGGACACUCCCAUUGUCAAAGCCAACAACCGGAACCUCACAUAUGCUCUCCUUAUUGCUCUCCUGUUAUCAUUUCUUUGUAUUUUGCUAUUCCUCGGAAAACCUCACAAGGUGACAUGUCUCCUUCGCCAAACUGCAUUUGGCAUCAUUUUCUCAGUGGCCAUUUCUUGUGUUUUGGCUAAGACCGUCAUUGUGGUUCUGGCUUUCAUGGCUACCAAGCCAGGAUCCAAGAUGACCAAAUGGGUAGGGAAAAGACUUGGCACAUUCAUGGCAUCCUGUUGUUCCUUUAUUCAAAUUAAGACUUGUGUCAUAUGGUUGAUCAUGUCUCCCCCAUUUCCAGAUUCUGACAUGAAGUCAAUAGCAGAAGAAAUCAUUCUGGAGUGUAACAAAGGAUCUGCCUUCAUGUUUUAUUGUGUCUUGGGUUAUAUGGGCUUCCUUGCCAUUGUCAGCUUCUCAUUGGCUUUCCUAGCAAGGAAAUUGCCUGAUGCUUUCAAUGAAGCCAAGUUUAUCACUUUCAGCAUGUUGGUCUUCUGUAGUGUUUGGUUGUCCUUUGUUCCAGCAUACUUGAGUUCAAAGGGAAAAUAUAUGGUUGCUGUGGAAAUCUUCUCCAUUAUAGCUUCCAGUGCUGGAUUACUGCUUUGUAUCUUUUCACCCAAAUGCUACAUCAUUGUGCUGAGACCUGAUCUGAACAACAAAGAAUUUUUAAAAAGCAAAACAACAGAUUAA